GCCGUAGACCGGUAUCUGUCAAGUAUCCAUCUCCAGCCGCAAUGAUGAAGAGUUUGGUGCUCAAUUUGCUGUUGGCAGCUGCAGGAUCUGUGGCGUACUACCCGCGCUACGCAGAAGUGGUGCGCGACCCCAAAGACUUCGAUCUUCUCUACAGUUCCACCUCAGGACCCAUCAAUGAGACGUGGAGAUUCUACUCUGAAGCCAUCCUGACGUCCAUCAUCAUUCCGUCACAAAUCACCUUCUGCAGCUCAGAUCCAGGAACGGAUGGAACAUACGAUGAAGAGGUUGACCUCCUCGUGUACGAGAAGAAAAUCGGGAGGGUUUCAUCCGAGGACGAGACGUACUUGGUAGCGACCGGCUCCUUCAACGGCACCGUCAGCUUCGGCCAGGAGCUGGACAUCCCGCUGUGGAACGCCACGCUCAAUAGCGCGCCCCCGGUCCAGCACUACUUCUACUCGACUGGUGGCUACGAGUACACGGUCAACAUCGUCUUCAAGAAGGACGGUAUCUACCCGUGGUACACUGCGAGAAACCUCUCCGACUACUCCGUCAUCGAUUCCAGGAUCGAUGGAUCUGGAAUAGCUAUUGGACUGACGUACACUCUUAGCUAUGAGGCCACGUCUACCCGUCGCGGCAGUUAGAUACGAGACGCUAAGGACGCAGUGGGUUUGCAGACUUCGAUGUUAUUCACUGUUCAC